AGCUUCGAAGAGGAAAUUUAAUGUAUUUCAAUCUCCAGAAGAGAGAAUUUGAAGUUUAUUAGGUUUUCCAGGAGAGAUGCCUUCAAAGGCGAAGAAACCUUCCAAAACACCAUUGAAGUUCUCGUCUUCAGAUCAUUCUGCAUCUCCUAAGACCCCAUCAGCUUCAUCAUCUCUUCCAGUUGGAGAGAUUAGCAAAGAAGAUCUUUUGUAUGCUCUUGAAGAAGCUUCAAUCAAGUUCCCUUCUUUCAUCUCCAAAUCUGCUUUCGUUGGCCAGGUUAGCGAUGUUGGGUCUGAAGGUCCCAAAGCUACGAUUUGGCUUUCUGAGUCAGCCAUGGUUGCUUCUUCCCUUAUCCCUGGUUCGGUUGUUUCGGUGUCUCUUGGUUCUUUGGGGAACGAUUUUUCAAAUGGCUCCUCUGUUGACUUAUUAACAGAUGAGUUUGUCAGACAUAUUGGUGUUUAUGCCCAAGGUGAAAGAGAGAAUGAUGCAGGCAGAUACUUUGCUCUUGCAAUGGUUUUUCCUUCUUGUAAGGUUCUGAAGAAUGGAGUACGAUUAUCGUGGAGCCUUUCAUGCACCUUGGGUUUCCCUUCUUUCGGCAGGAUCAUAUUUAUCUCCUCCAUUCAAACUCUAUCUGUAGCUGGGCUUCUAAAUAACUUGCCUAGCCCAAUUAAUAAUGCAGCCUGUCCUCUCACACUCUGCAAAUGCAAGGACUUGCAGUUACAACUGAUUUCAUCAAUGGAUGGUGUAUCAAUUAAACAUUACAUGUCCCACAGUAACCGUCCAGCUGAGAUGGACCAGGAUCAAUUUGAAAAUGGAAAGGUUUCAUCCCCAAAGACCCCAUCAUUAUACAAGCCAAAGCUUGAUUCUCCUAUAAGUAGUCAGCUACAUUCGGGAACACGCGACGGUUCUGUCCUGAAAUUAGCAUUAGGUGAUGAAAAAACGAAGGAGCUUUGGCAAAGUUGUGCUGUUCACUGGCUACGUUCUCGCAUUUUACUCCCUGGGAAUAUUGUGACAAUCCCCAUAUUUCCGUAUACUUCUGUUUUCCGUGUGGAAGGUGCAAAUGAAUCAGAAUGUACUAAUCAGAAGUUGAAAGAUGAAGGAAAUGAUUUGAUUUGUCAAACUCCUAGAUUGAUGGACCAUAUUAAAGAAGCCUUUUUGGUGGAUCAUGAAACAAAAAUACAUAUCUUUUCAUCGUUGACUUCUGAAACAAAGACUGAAGAGAAAAGAAGUUACCCACGGGAGGACCUUGAGCAUAAAGACUUCAGGACUACAUUGACAAGUGAUGUUCGAAAAUUGGGUGGUCUAUCUAAAGAAUUUGCUCUGUUGAAGGAAAUUAUUAUCUCCUCAUCGGUGAAGGACAGCCUGUCAAGUCUGGGUUUACGAACUACAAAGGGCGUGCUUCUCCAUGGUCCUCCUGGGACCGGAAAAACGUCUUUGGCUCAUUCAUGUGCUCGUGAUACUGGUGUCAACAUUUUCUCUGUAAAUGGACCUGAGGUUGUAAGUCAAUACUAUGGUGAAAGUGAGCAAGCAUUGCAUGAAGUUUUUGAUUCAGCUAGCAAAGCUGCACCUGCUGUGGUGUUCAUUGAUGAGUUGGAUGCCAUUGCUCCUGCACGGAAGGAUGGGGGUGAAGAGCUUUCUCAGAGAAUUGUUGCAACAUUGUUGAAUUUGAUGGAUGGCAUUAAUAGAACUGCUGGGAUACUAAUCAUAGCCGCCACCAACCGGCCUGAUAGUAUUGAUCCAGCAUUGAGGCGGCCUGGGAGGCUUGACAGAGAAAUUGAAAUUGGAGUGCCUUCUCCAAAGCAGCGUUUGGAUAUUUUACUUAUUCUUCUCAGUGAAAUGGACCAUUCACUUUUAGACAUACAAAUUCAGCAUCUUGCUUCAACCACACAUGGAUUUGUUGGAGCUGAUUUAGCUGCAUUUUGCAACGAGGCAGCAUUGGCUUGUCUUAGGCGCUAUAUUAAGUUCAAGAAAUCUUGUACUCCUUCCAAAGUAAAACCUGAUGAUGUGCCUCCGGAGGGAUUGAGUCUCUCAUAUGAAACUUGGUCAGCUGAUACACUCGGGAGCUCUGAUCUUUCUAAAGGUACAGGGAACCUCUUUUCUACAGAAAAUGAAGAUUCUGCAUCAUCAUCAUCAAUUUCGGAUCUGAUUGUGUCAUCAGAGAUUUCCAAAGCUUCUCUCUUCUGUUCAACAGUUCAAAACAGUGGGGAUGCUUUUCAAAAUGUUCUAUUGAGUAGUGUUAAGGGUACUUGUGGUAUUGAGGAAGAAUUUUCACUUAAAGUGGCCUUUGAAGAUUUUGAAAAGGCUAAGAUGAAAGUGAGGCCCAGUGCGAUGCGGGAGGUUCUACUUGAGGUACCGAAGGUUCACUGGGAUGAUGUUGGUGGCCAGACUGAGGUUAAGAAACAACUUAUGGAAGCUGUAGAAUGGCCACAAAAGCAUCAAGAUGCUUUCAGGCGUAUUGGAACUCAUCCGCCAACAGGGGUGCUGUUGUUUGGUCCUCCUGGUUGCAGCAAAACCCUUAUGGCACGUGCUGUAGCUUCUGAAGCAGGGUUGAACUUCCUUGCAGUAAAGGGCCCAGAACUAUUUAAUAAAUGGGUUGGUGAAUCUGAGAAGGCUGUAAGGUCUCUAUUUGCAAAGGCAAGGACCAAUGCCCCAUCGAUUGUAUUUUUUGAUGAAAUAGACAGUCUUGCCAUCAUUCGUGGUCAGGAAAAUGAUGGGGCUUCUGUCUCCGAUAGGGUCAUGAGUCAACUUCUAGUUGAAUUGGAUGGUUUGCACCAAAGAGUUGAUGUUACUGUUAUUGCUGCUACAAAUCGUCCAGACAAGAUUGAUCCAGCACUUCUAAGACCUGGACGAUUUGAUCGGCUGUUGUAUGUGGGACCUCCAAAUGAAAUUGAUCGCGAAGAAAUAUUCCGCAUCCAUGUCCGUAAGAUGCCAUGCAGUUGUGAUGUUAGCUUGAGGGAGCUUGCAUGUCUCACUCAAGGCUGUACUGGGGCAGAUAUAUCAUUAAUCUGCCGGGAAGCAGCUGUUGCAGCGAUAGAAGAAAGCCUUGAUGCAUCAGAAAUAAAAGUGACACAUUUCAAGACUGCAAUUGAUCGAGUGCAACCAUCAGAGGUCGAGCCAUACCACAGAUAUUCAGCAAGGUUUCAAAGGCUUGUCUCCAGUAGUGUUACUAGUGAUGACAUGGUGUGUCAAGCAAGUUCCAGAAAAUCCAACUGGAUUUCAUUCUGGUCAAGACUGAAAUCUGUUUUGCUUCUGUUCUUCCGGCUCCCAGCAGCACUUGCAUCAUCAAAGGCUUCUUAAUUGUGGCUGGCGGCAGGCAUAUUUUUCCCUGUUGCAUACAGUCAUGUCCCAUUCAACUUUGUCUCUUGAAUCAUGCUUGGCUGUUCAUUACAAACAGCAUAUACCGCAAAUCCUCUCCAAGAGAUUGAUAUGGGUGAAGAAAUAACCCAUGAACAUAGAGAAAUGGACUUCAAUAUGAAUUUUGAAAAUGUCAAAAGAUGGCUACGAUACCUACUGUAUAGAAUUUGAGUUCCAUGUAAGUAUACUUUUUGUUAGUUGUUGGGAGUUUCUUUGCCUUUU